ACAGAAGUAUAUUUUAAGUUAAAAACAACCUAGAAAAUGCUUUAGAAAAUAGACAUAAAUUAGUAAACACCCUUUUUAUUUUGAACAAACAAUUGGGCGCUGGUAGUACUGUCAGUAGUUUCAUUCUUGCCAUGCAUGUUCUUGUAAGAAGUAGAACAUUCGUAUGGAUUCCCGCUAAAAAUGCCAUCCUCAACCAUCGAUUUCUUGGAUCAGAACCAGAAUCAUACGCUAAACUCAUCGAAAUAUACGCUAAUGAUCGAGCACUGCAGCAAGGAAAAAAGCUUCACGCGCACCUAACCACGAACGGCUAUGCGCGUUUCAACCUUGUCGCAUCCAAUCUCGUAGCCUUAUACGCAUCCUGUGGCCAACUCUCCCUUGCGCGAAAACUGUUUGACAAAAUUCCCCCAACAAAUGUUCGCCGUUGGAUCGCCCUCAUCGGGACGUGUGCUCGCUGCGGCUUUUAUGAUCACGCUCUCUCCGUGUUCUCCGAGAUGCAAACUAUCCAUGGCUCGAAACCCAACAACGUCUUCGUGAUUCCUAGUGUUCUCAAAGCUUGUGGCCACAUUGGUUACCGAAUCUACGGAGAGCAAAUACAUGGUUUGAUCUUGAAGUGUUCGUUUGAGAUUGAUGCUUUUGUUUCGAGUGCGUUGAUUGUUAUGUAUUCCAAGUGUGCUAAAGUUGAAGAUGCACGUAAGGUGUUUGAUGGAAUGGAUAGGAAGGAUUUGGUGUCUCUGAAUGCUGUUGUUUCUGGGUAUGCUCAACAAGGGCUUCCAAAUGAGGCACUGGGUUUGGUUGAAAAUAUGAAAUUGACGGGUGUAAAUCCGAAUGUCGUGACUUGGAAUGCAUUGAUAUCUGGGUUUGCUCAGAAAUGUGACAGAGCAAUGGUAUCUUAUAUUUUCAGGUUGAUGAUUGAAGAUGGCGUUGAGCAUGAUGUGGUGUCCUGGACUUCUGUUAUAUCUGGUUUUGUACAGAACUUUCUAAAUGAGGAAGCUUUUGAUAUGUUUAAGCAAAUGUUGCAUCAUGGGUUCUGUCCAACUUCGGCUACUAUCAGUGCGCUUCUUCCAGCUUGCGCUACUGCAGCAAGAGUGAGGUUUGGGAAGGAGAUUCAUAGCUAUGCUUUGGUGAUUGGUGUGGAGGAAGAUGUAUAUGUAAGGAGUGCUUUGGUUGAUAUGUAUGCAAAAUGUGGGUUCAUUUCUGAAGCUAGGACACUGUUUUAUAAGAUACCGGAAAAGAACACUGUGACUAUGAACUCUAUGAUUUUCGGUUAUGCGAAUCAUGGGUAUUGCGAAGAAGCUAUUGAGCUCUUCAAUCGGAUGGAGAUGGAAGGGGUAACCAAACUAGAUCAUUUAACUUUUACGGCAGCUCUUACCGCAUGUAGUCAUGUUGGAGAUAUUGACCUUGGGCAGAGGCUGUUCAAGAUAAUGCAAGAGAAAUACUGCAUUGAGCCACGAUUGGAGCAUUAUGCGAGCAUGGUGGAUCUAUUUGGUCGAGCAGGGAAACUCGAGGAAGCUUAUGGCAUAAUCAAGACAAUGCCGGUUGAACCUGAUUUGUUUGUUUGGGGUGCACUAUUGGCUGCUUGUAAAAAUCAUGGGCAUGUGGAGCUUGCAGAAGUGGCUGCCAAGCAUUUGUUGGAGUUAGAACCUGACAGUGCUGGGAACCGUCUUCUGUUGUCCAGCUUGUAUGCCGAUGCUGGAAAAUGGGGAAGGGUUGAGCGGAUCAAGAAAAGGAUAAAGAAGGGAAAACUAAGAAAACUUCAAGGAUUGAGUUGGAUAGAUAACAAUGUAUAAUAACUAUUAUUGGUAGGUGAGUGAUUGUUUAUGUUGGAGGUUCCUUUGCAAAUUCGUUCAAUAGAAAAAGCCAAGAGGAUUGUAAUAGUACAAUUCACUUAAGAAAAAUUCAAUAUAUAUUAAAUAUUUAUUAAA